GAGGGAGGUUAAAUGAAUGGUUUUAAAGUUGAGAGAGGUGGUUUAUCCGAUUUUAGAGCUUAGAGAAAAAAAAAUAGACUUUGGCAAAAAUAGAGAAAGGUAAUGUUAAUUUUUUUCCUAUUUUUUUAUUCGAAAGGACGUUGGGUUGAGCCGUGGCCCGUGGCUCGCCGUUUCCGUACAAAAUCCGCCAUCGGCCCAUCAACACCAGAAUGGGAUUGCGGAGGGUAGGACCCAAACAACCCAAGCGCUUGACGCUAGUAGACCCACUUGGCUUUCCUCCUCCCCGUCGCCUCCCGGCGGCAGCCUGCAGCCAUGUCCAUCCCCGGCAACGGGCACCUUCCCGCCUCCGCUUCCCUCCCCGAUCACUCCUCGGCCUCUGACUCCGACGGCGAGCCGGAGUCCGACUACCGCCCAAUCGCCGGCGCCGUUUCCGACUCCGAAUCCGACCCCGACCUCGACGCCGCCGUGCCCCACCACCGCCUCGACGAGGCAGGAAACGGCAUCUCCGCGCUGGAUCUCGUGUCCGACGAGGACGAAGCCGCGGAAGACGCGGAGGCGGAGGAUGAGGACGGAGACCUGCGGCCCGGGGAGGCGGCGGCGCGGGCCUUCUCCGAGGACGAGCGUCGCCGCCGCGCCCCGCUGCCCGCGGGAGCCGCGGCGCGGAUCGUGGACGCGAUGCGCGGCGUCGAGUUCCCCGGCGCGCCGCCGGCGUGGGCGGGCAGCGUCCCCGAGGACCAGUGGCUCGACCGCCUCCGGUCCCUCCGUGCAGGCCGCCCCAACUGAUGUGAGCAGAACAGGAUGGGAGUAUGGGACUUAUUUUGCUUCUGAUGGGUUGAUUGAUACAACACCUUAUUACAAAAUCUAUGCCAACUUUCGGUCUAGUUUAUUGCGAAUUUGCGAUCGUGACUGGAGUGCAGCUCAUCGGCGAUAAGAUUUUGCCUGUUGGAACUGUGAUCUGGCCAUCUUGGCCCCCUCUAGCAGCGUGCCUAUGGAUAGAGCUUAUUCUAGCACAUAUAGUUGGCUGUUUGCAAGCUCAGACGAGUUGCACUGUGUCUUCUUAUUCUUAUCAUGUUAUGGCUGAUUAGGUUUUAGCUCAAAAUCAUUGAACAUAAGACUUGGAUGGUGGUGGUGUUCACUUAUGACUUAUUCAAUGAAGUUUGAUCUUUGCCCUUUCA